AUGCACGCAAAUCCAAUGAACACCUACCUGUCAUCCAAGCCGGGGUUCACAUCGCCGCAGCCACUGGCCGCCGCGUCGGGUCUUACUAUUCCGCUGUCAAUAACCCUCUCCGAGAUCAAGCUUUCAGCCUUCAUUAUCCUAGUCUUCUCACGGCAAAAGGGGCUGACCCUGGUCUUCCGCAAUGAUCCGCUCGAGUCGCUCAAGGUCUCCUCGACCUUUGAUUCGAUCCCCUUCGUGCGCGAUUACCUACAGCGCACUAUCGAGUCCCAAUUAAGGAAUUUGAUGAUGGACGAGCUCCCCGCCAUCAUCCACAGGUUGUCUUUGCGCUUGUGGUGCCCCGAUGCUCUGCCAAAGGAGGAGGAAGCACCCAAGGAGGACGAAGAGGAAGCCGAAGUUGACCCCUUGGCAAGCCCCCCUCUGGAUCCCGUCGAUGCGAAUGGUAAUCUUCUCGACGCCAACGAGGUUUCCUCACUAUCUCUCGAAGGCGGCCCGGAAGUCCAGUCGCUCUUCUCCCAGAAGAACCUCUUGAGACUAGCUGCGCUGAACGACUCUCACCGCACAUUCUCUCUGUUCACGCCGGGCAUUCGUGAUGUCGUGUUCCGUGCCUGGACUGGACCCGCAGUGUCCGAGCCAACUAGCACGCCACCGACAGCAACGCCUAGCUUGUCCAAGACCAACUCCUUCCAUGGAACAUCUACCACGUACACUUUCUCCGAUACCGGUAGCGCCGCUCAUGGCCAUCUCCCGUCCAGACCGUCAAUGGUGAGCCUUAGCUCUGCUACUACUGGUCUGUCCUUGGGUGCCGGGAUCCGGUCAAAGUCGUACGCUGGCCGCAAGAAGAAGACAAGAGUGGUCAACCUCCGACGCUCAAAGAGUCAAGUUGGCGACACUCCAGAGGGCAGCGAGACUUUCUCGGAAACGGCAUCCGACUCUGCGUCUGUCGCUGGUCCCUCGACUGAGCCUCUCAUGACCAGCUCCAUCGCUGAAGAUAUCGAGGAGGAGGAAGCCCUGGCAAACCUGGCAGAAUCGACCCCUAGCAAGGUUCGAUUCAGCCCUCUGGAGCGGACACGGCUACCCUCUAGACCUCCUUUGCAGCCGGACUUUUACACGGCGCCCCAGGAAUCUAGUGUGUCUAUCAAACUGGACAGCACGUGCGAAACCGAACCCGCUGUUACGCCCCGUGCCCAGAACGAGAAGGCCACCGCGGAGAAGUCGCGCGAAGGUGUACCAUCCGAGCCGUCAUCUGUGUAUGAGCAGGCUUGGAUCAUGAAGAUGGCUGGCGAAAUCGCUCGCCGCGUUUACGAUGAGAAGAGCCGUCACCCCAACCUCUGGGACGAGCGGGAAGACGUCCCGCCCCCAGCCUACGAAGCAUCAACAUAA